GAAAAGCUUUCAGGAAAGCUAAGAUUCAGAAGAACCCAAAUGAAACAUACUACGAUAUUGGAAGCGCUGUUAACCUAACAUGUGAGGCAGAAAUAAAUACCAAUUUGUAUGGAAUUAUAUGGUACAAACUUGAUUCACAAGGAUAUUCGACAAAACUUAAAUCUGCACUCAAUGGAACUGGCAUCCUAACCCUGACACUGAAUCCGUUGUCCAAGAAAAACGCCGGGAGGUACAAGUGUGUAAUAUGUCGUCCUGAAGUUAAUUAUUACAACUCUCGGGUUGUCAGCAUAAGUGUUAAAGGUAGAUCUUUUAACCAUGUUAGAAACUAGAUGUUUUACAUAUUUUGUAGGGGCUGAUUAUAUGGAGAAUUUUCAGUUUUCAGGCUGAAUUUCAACCCCAUUAAUCGAGCUAAAAUUGUUUCACGAUUACAUAGCAAGUUUCAGCCAGGGUCGAGUUAAAAUUUCAGCUCAAACCAGGAUGAAAUCUCAGCCCAGGCUGAAACGACCAGGUCUCAAAAUGGAGCCAUUCCGCUUCUUUGAAGAAAUUUAAAAUGUUGUUUAUGUCUAUUAUUUGACUUGUGCGAGUCUGUGAUUGCAUUUAAAAAUAGUACAACCAAAAAUAAAGCUAGUUAAAGAUUGUUUUUCAACCUGGACUGGAAUUUCCAGUUGAUUACAUGACAAUUUUCAGAUCUGGGUGAAAUUUUUUUCAUGUAAUCUCUUGCUGUAAUUUAAUAGGGCUUUAUCCAUAGGCUGAAACUUUACACAUUUUAGCAUCAUAAUUAUCUUAUAUACAAAGUGAAACAAACACCCUUGUUACAUACCAGGGUUUAAGUUCAUGUUUUCUUGCACCUCAUUGGACAAGAUCGUAUUACGUGAAAGUUACAAAAUUCGACUGUCUCAAAAAAUCAAAAAAAUAUCACUAGGCAUGCACGAAUAAAAAAAUAAAGUUUGUUAUUCCGUGUAAAAUUUUAAACUGAUGGUUUUAAUUCAUAUAAUUAGUUAAUUAAAAUAAUUUGUUUUCACAGUGAAACCUGAGAUACAGUUGGCAGAAAGUGAUCUCUUUAGGAAAGGGAUGAUAAUUAACUGCACAUUGAAGAAUGCUGAUGAAGUCAAUCCACCGCAAGUGAAGUAUACGUGGUUUUUGUGUGACAGCAAAAGCUGUGAUGUAAGAAGUGCGAAAUUGAAAAUUGAAAAAUAUUCCUUACAACUGAACAGUCAGUCAAGACAUGAGAUUGUGUAUCGAUGCAUCGCCGAAAAUGCCGCUGGCUAUGACUCUCAAAUCAUUACAGUUUUUGACCAAAAAAGUAGGUCUAAAAGUAAAACAUGA